AUGGCGGACGCAUCAGUUGCAGCUUCCGGUUUCAGGCCCUCGAGACAACCACCCCCUUUUCUGCCGGCAUCCAUGGCAUUCCUGCCACCGGGAACGCCGAGCACCAGCAUUGCCAAGGCAGAGACGCCACGCUCGAAUCGAACGCCCAAAGGUGACAGUUCACGAGGUGGUCGAACCUCUCGCUCGACAUUGUCCAGCAGGACAGGGAAGAGAGCUGAAGAUAUUCAGAACAAGUCCAGAUCUGAAGCUCGAGAAGCACCAGAUGCUCGGAUCGAGAUGACCGCUGCGAUGCAGACCUUGUUCAAUACCUUCGAUGUCGAUGGUAGCGGUUCCAUCGACCUGGAUGAGUUUGUCAAGGUUCAGGGGAUCGCUUCCCAGCUCUAUGGACUUCCAGGUGCACCAGUGAAACAGGGGCUGGUGGAGCAGUACCUACAGGCUCGUGCGCCCGGGGAAGUCCAACAGUAUGGCGGCGGCUUGGGCUUCGAGGGCUUUGUUCGUUGGCAACUGCAGUGGCAAGCACCUUUCUGGGUGACGGGAGAAGAGAUGGAAAUCUCGGAGCGUUGCCGAAAACUUGGGGAGCACAUCAAGUCCAAGAGGAGUUCAAGCCAGUCGAGCCGCUCACAACGGAUGACGCCGAGACAUCGACCGAGACCACGAAGCCCCUGGCCGCCUCAGGCUCCCAGUGCCAAAGCAGCGCCACGACCACCACGCUCCGCCAGAAAGUACGCGAGUGGUGGAGGUAUGGCCACCGCUGCCAAGGGCUUCGUCCAGCCUCCCGUUGAGGUGGCAUUCGAUCUCGACACCUACGAGGAGGAAUUCAAUCUGAAGGAGGAAUCCUCGGACGACGAAGCCUAUCGAGAGAAGAAGUUGGCGGAAGCAGCCUUGGUCCAAGAGGAGAGGGCCACGAUGGGCCACGAUGGGCCACGAUGGGGAGCUGAUUUUUGGGAAAUCCACUGA